GAAACAGUCACGUGGAUGUUUUUAGCUAAAUAAAACGUGUAUCCGCUGACUGCAACUAGCAGUUUAUUAUAAUCGUGUGGGACUGAAACACAAACCAUGGGAAAGACAGACGCUACGAGACGUAAAAGACGAAGCAAAGUUGUCAACAGUGAAGUUUUAGAGGAAGAGGACAGCGCUACACCAGAAGGACAGACUGAGAGUGUCCCUACAAGUAAAGAAAUAGUCGAAACAGAGGAGGAUGCUCCCAAGGAGGACCAAGAUGAACAAGAUUCUCAGAUGGAGACCGUCAUUGAAGUAAAAAGAAAUACAUCCACUGUGACCGUAUCCUGGGACAAGCAGAAUGAGGAGGGAGAAGCUGAUGAUUCAGAAAAAAGAACCAAUGCAAGUGAUCAGAUGAUGGAUAGUGAAGAACAGAUCAUCUCCUCAUCUGGUGCUGUGGGCUCCACAGAGGAUGCUUUCAGGGAGAGCACUGAGACAAACAUGAUGCAAGACAUGCAGGAAUCUGGAGAGUCUCGGAUGGACACUGCUGCUGAAAAUACAGCUGCAGUAACUGUAACCCUGGAGAAGAGUGAGGAGGGAGGGAGCGAGGAUGUUAAAAAGGAAGCCAAUGGAGGCGAGCAGAAAAUGGUUAAAAAGAAAGCAGCAAAAAGGAAACGGAAGGCACGCUCUACUGUUGAGACCUCCCCACCGAAGAAAACUAAGCUCAUCAGUGACGUAAAAAAGAAACAGAAGGAACAACCCAAUGCUGAGACCUCCCCAUCAAAGAAAACUAAGGUCAUCAAUAAAGGUUUUUGUGUUUUUAUUGGCAACCUGGACAAGUCCAAAAGCCGUAGCCAGAUUGAAGAUUCCUUAGCAAAGUACCUCAUGACAAACAGUGUCCUAUUCAAGCACAUCAGAUUAGACAAGACCAAAAAAUUUGCAUAUGCCGAUAUGGCGUCAGAGAUGGACAUGACCAAAGCCCUGACGUUUAAUGGAGAAGUGCUGCAUGAUAAGCCAAUGAAGAUCGCCAGAGCAAAGGUCAUAAGUAAGGACAAGGCCCAACCUACAGCAGAGGAGCGAAAGGAAGCCAAAGAUGGCAGAUGUUUAUUUCUGAAGAACAUCCCAUACGCGGCAACAAAAAAUGACAUUGUCAGGGUUUUCCGAAAGGCCAUCGACGUCAGGUUUCUUGGUGGAACUCAGGGCCCAGAGAGAGGCAUUGCUUUUGUGGAGUUUCAAAAUAAAACAAUUGCAAAGAAAAUGUGGUUACGAAAACAAGGAGUCCAGAUCCACGGCCGGGUUUUGACUGUGGACCGCAUUAGAAAUAAGGACAACGAAGACAUCAAAAAAGAUCCUCCGUGUAAAACCCUAUUUGUCCACAAUUUGCCUGUCAAUGUGAAAAGAAAACAACUCAAUACGGUCUUCCAGGAAGCUUGUAAUAUCAACGUUCCUAAAAGCGAAGGCAAAACAAGAGGGUUUGCGUUUGUCGAAUUUAGAAGUGUGGAAGAUGCUGAAAAGGCCUUGGAGUCGUCCAAAAACGUUAAGAUCAACAAAAAGUUGAUCGGAGUACAAUUCAGCAAAACGAAAGAGAAGUCAGGAACAGAAAAGGUCCUGAAAAAAACACUGAUCGUGAUGGGCCUUGCUGAGACGACAACUGCAGAGACUCUUCAAAGAGCUUUUGAAGGGGCGUUACGAGCAAGAGUCACUGUAGAUAGAGAGACAGGAGUCUCAAAAAGGUACGGUUUUGUGGACUUUGAGCAUGAAGACACAUGCAAAUCCGCCAUGGAAGCCAUGGAGGACUGCGAGAUAGAUGGCAGCAAAGUGACUGUGACCUAUUCAAAAAUUAAGACCGGAAUACGUCCAGGACGCCCCCACAAGCCACCCCGUGGUCCCCCUGCAGAUCAGGUGGGCGUAAAGACAAAGAAAAACGCAGAAGAGGAGUUUUAGGACGUGCAGCUGUCCCACCAGAGAAUGCUGUUAAAAAAUUGAAAAACAAAAAGUCCUCCACCUCCCCGAAAUUAUCUAAUUUCAUUCCCCUGUAAACGACCCGCAGGAGCGUGUCCUGAAGGAGCGAACAUACAGGUGGAUGACAGAAACGCUCGUAUGACUGGUACAGUCAUGUCGCAGUUGCGCCAGAACUAUGUGGUUAGAUUUAAAAGAAACAUUUAUGGUUUGACUUAGAAUAAGUAUGUUGGUUACCAAGGUAACGUAAUGCAUCUCAUGGGACAUGCAUCACAUGACAUAUGUUGACAUAUUACAUUUCCUUGUUAAAAUAAAUACGAUGAUUACUUGGAUCGUUUGCAUCAUUGGGCUCACAGAGCAAGCGCACCACAGACUUCUGAUGGUCCAUCAGCCAACUUCAAGUAUGUUAUCAGACCAAAUGGACUAAAUCCUGUUAGUGAAAAGAAACAUUUUGCAGGGGUUGUGUUGCUAAAAAAACUUUAUCCAUUGUAUCUCUUUCCCAAUUCAGGUUCACGGGAAAACAUUAUUUUUGUGCCUAAUGAGAUCGCCUGACAGACCUGAAUGUUGUACUUUUGCUUCAAACUUUAAACUGUAUUUCUGAGGAGCAUGCUCUUUAUCAGGCGGCCAGGAAGUUUUUUUUUUUGCAUUACAACCACGUGAAAUGACUUGUUUCACUAUCAGAUAUGAUCUAUUGGGUAUAUUUUGAUUACCUGGAUGAUCCACAGAAUUUUACACCUGCGUUUUAUUCAUUUCACCAUUUUGGCCUUGUGCACCACUGAGUAACUUGCACAGGAAUAUACAGGGCUUCAUUUACAACACUGUAUCUAGAUUGCAUAGUUUGGAGUUAGGGCUAAAUGUUGAGAUAAGCCAAUCAGAGGCAAAGUAAGGUGGGUCAUUCCUUUGCUAUCCAGGGAAAUCGAAGUCAUGAAGCACUAGGCUACUUUAUCUGACUUCCUCCUUUGCUCCUGUGAUAAUUACUACAGCCGCUAGGUACCAACGCCACAAAAAACAUAGAUUGGGUUUUUCUUGUAAAAACACGCCAUGUGAUCGCAUUUAGGUGGAGGACACUUUAAUUUUGAUAUGUUCAAGGGUGUGAAAAUGUGUACAGUUUGCUUGUCCCGCCUGAUUGUCUGAGAGGAGACACCUUGUUAUGUCAUAUUUUGUACAUUAAACUGUUGACUUCACAAUUAUUGUCAAAAAACACAGAAAAGAACCCUUACUUCUUAACACAUUAUGUGCGUCUUCUGUAAUAUAAAAAUGUGACUUCAGAUUUAUUCCUAAUGUGAAGAUAAAACUAUUUUUAAAACCACUCCAUCUGUUUCUUUU